AUGCAUGCGCUGCAAAUCAAGGCCAAGUUGGCGACCGGCCAGUUCGCGGGCGCGCAGCUUGCCACGAGCGCAACGUCCAAGCGGCGAAGGAAAGACGCACUUUCUACGUGUGGCGAUGAUAAGCGCUCGCAACACUUCAUCCCUUAUGGGUGCAGGCGCUGCAGAUCGUGGCCGUUUUGGAGACACGGGCUGUUCGCGGGCGCGGCUCUGUUCGCGCUGCAGAUCGUGGCCAUUUUGGCGGCCGGGCUGUUCGCGGGCGCGGCGCUGUUCGUGAGCGUGGUGCAGCGGCCGGUGAUGGAGCGGCUGCCGACCAACCAGGCGCUCAGCUACUGGCGGACCAACUUCGACGCCGCCAGGCUCAUGCAGAUCGCCCUCGCGCUGAUCGGCUCCGCGGCCGCGGCCCUCGCGGCGGCCGCGGGCGGCGGCCGCGUCUGGUGGUUCGCGGGCGGCCUCCUGGCGACCGUCAUUCCGUACACGGCUGUCGUCAUCUUCCCCACCAUCCGGCGACUGAAUGACGACAAACUGGACCCCACGUCAAAGGAGGCGAAAGCGCUCCUGCGGCGCUGGUACGAGCUGCACGCGUUCCGGACCGUGGUGUCAGUCUCGGCGUUCGGAGUGAUGGUAGCGGCGAGAUGA